CCCGCCAUGAGCGCUGCGGGCGGGCGGGGCCGCGCCGAGGCGGCCGCGGAGCCCGCCGAGAUGCCGGCCACCGAGAAGGACCUGGCGGAGGACGCGCCCUGGAAGCGCAUCCAGCAGAACACCUUCACCCGCUGGUGCAACGAGCACCUCAAAUGCGUGCAGAAGCGCGUGGGCAACCUGCAGACCGACCUGGGCGACGGGCUGCGCCUGAUCGCGCUGCUCGAGGUGCUCAGCC